AUGGAGACAUGGAAUGGCAUUGCGCGGCAGAAGUUGGCGGCCUCCCGGGACGCGCGCAAGCGAGCGGAAGCCGAUGCCCAACUCUUGGCCAAUCGCUUGCGCUUGCUCCGCGCAGAAGAGGUGAAGGCCUUGCGAAUCAUCGAGGAGGUCCGCAAGCGCACCCGGGAGGUGCUGGAGACACGGAUGAAGAAUCAGCAGAUGCUGCAAGAUCAGACGGUUUUCAAGCAGAAUAUGAAGAAGGCCGUUGAGCAGAAGAAGCAAGACAACAAUUGGCGUCGAACUCAAGCUCGCCUUGCCCGGCAGCAGGCUGCAGACGAGAGAGUCCGCGCAAAUCGCAGAAGUGCCUCAGAGCAACGAGCAGACCAAGAAAAUCGCCAAGCUGUUUUGUGGUGUCAAUUGGAAAGGCAGGAGAUUCAGCACACCGGGAGUUGA